GGGGGGAGGGGGGGGUUAAAAUGCGUCCAGCUGCUCAUUUUAAGUUAAAAAAUAUAAGUAUAUAAUUGAAAGGGUGUUGUUUUCUGUAUACUUUUAUAGAGCAGCUCAUUUAGUUAGUUAAAUUAAUCUAUGAACUCGCUACGCAAAGUAUAUAUAAAACUGAAAUCCUGCAAGCUAGAGAUAUAGAGAGCUCUAGCCAUGUAUAGAAAUCCCUCUCACGUCCACACGAUAGACAUCAAUCUUAUUGAUAUUGUCACCCGCCCAAACCCGUAUACCGAAACAAACUAGGACCAAUAGGUGUACCAAAUGAAUCGACACACUGUUUACUUAUGCUGGCAAGGUUCUUCGUCUUACAACUGCCGUCUGAAAAACUGAUCCCCAUUAAAAAAAAAAAUUUUUUUUUAAAUUGCGCAUCUCCGAAAACAUAAGCUGAUGCAGACAUGGUCAGCGCCUUGCUGCCCAGGACCGAUACCCUGCAAAAGAUCAAAUCAUUAGAUGAAGGGCAGUUUAAUUCAAUGGGUUGGACGUUACAAUCGUUGUUGUUGACACAUUUAUGACACGAGUCAUCGGGGGAGUUCAAUGGCUUGAAGAUCAUUCGUUAAAUUUUGGCUGUGAGAAGGCAAUGACAUCUAGAUUAUUAGCUGCCUAGAGUAACACCUCUUGCCUCUUGAAACAUAUUUUUUUUAAAAUCCUUGAAUAACCAAAUGUAUUGGACUCAAAGCAACAAUGUGUUCCAGUAUAUAGCAUGCAUUCUGUUUUCUAUAUUGAGAAGCAAGAAAAAUCUAAUGAACCUUUUAGAUUCAUUUAUGAGAUAAGAUUCCCACUACAAUUUGCAACUUUCAUGCGCCGACACUGCCUCUACGAGAAUCGGGUGACCUAAUUAUGGCAACCGAAUGCCCAGAAUAACCUAGUGAAGUGUGCCAGUCGACAACAGCGAUAACACUUACACUUGACACAUACACAAUUCGUACCAUCGAAAAACAGUAGAUCUCAAGAUUUUGACCCAUGACAUCACCCAUAUUUUGAAAACAAUUGUUUCUCUUUUAACAUUCCUUUAGACUAAAUAACAGAGUGACUUGUAGAGACUACCAAAUCUAAGAUAAAUAAGAAUCCCCUCAAUAUAUUUCAUUUAGCCAUCAAGAGUACACCGAUAAUUAACCGUUAUAUUGUCCAUGGAUUGCUGUUAUCACUUGAAACAUCUGCCUCUAUUGUAGGUGCAAAAAAAAAUUCUUAGUUAUCUUGAAAAUGAAAAAGAAAACGAAAAACAAAAAAAAAUCCUCCAUGACGCCAUAGCUAAAUGAGUUAAGAUCGGGGUUUCUUUCAGCUAUAUCUCCGGGGGGCACUGCCCCCCCCCCGGAUGGAAAGCCAAGUGCCCCCCAAAAAAAAAAAUUCUUAGUUAUCUUGAAAAGGAAAAAGAAAACGAAAAACAAAAAAAAAUCCUCCAUGACGCCAUAGCUAAAUGAGUUAAGAUCGGGGUUUCUUUCAGCUAUAUCUCCGGGGGGCACUGCCCCCCCCGGGGGAAAGCCAAGUGCCCCCCACCGCGGAGCAAAAAUAUGUCCAACAAUAAAUCAACUGGCACUGCUAGCACUGCCCCCCCCCCGAAAAAUCUGAAGUGCCCCCCCCAUCCCCGGGGAAAAAAUUUCUGAAAUAAUCACUGGUUAAGAUGAUGACGCUAUACACGAAGAAGUUGUAGCAAAGAGUGUCAGCUUUUAGCCUAGACAUGACAGUGACGUACUAGGCGCAUCGUACGGUUCCACAAUAGGAGCGCACACCAAUUAGUUUGCACGGUUUUACGACAACAAAAAAAAACUGGGGAUAAAAACGAAAAACUAGAAGGAUCUUGGUAACUUUGUCCUCAAAAAAGUUGUCAAUAACGCGGCGGACAAAGGAUGUGUGGAAAUCAGGUGCUACUCCUAAAGUUUUGAAGAUCUAAUUUUUUUUUUUCCCCCACUUAUCUUUAAUUUAAGUAACUAUGGAGUGCAGACUGAAAAUAUCAAUCAGCAAUGAAAUAUAAUUUAUUUUUUUUUUAAAAGUACACGCAUUUUCCACUGAUCGUGUACCGAGAAAAAGUAUUAAACUACGAAACAUAACGAUUAAAGUAAAACAAUAAGACAAUAACAAACAGAUAACAAUGUUCUUGUCAUCGAAAAAAAUAAUAAUAAACCCAACAGAACUCCAUCUGAGAGAAAACUGUUCUAAUGUCGUGUACCCUUGGUUUCUUAUACAACAAAAAUAUAAACCUAACCGUAUGUGAAGUGUAAUCGUCAUCUUCUCUCGCAGAUGUUGAAACUCGCUAUCCUCGCUCUCGUCGUCGCCGUGGCCGCCGCCAGCACCGAAGCCAACUGGGUGGUGUUCAAGUCCCAGCACAACAAGACCUACCACGGGGAUGAGGACGUCAUCAGGAGGUUCAUCUGGCAAUCCAACCUCCAGAAGAUCGAAGCCCACAACGAGCGUUACGCCCAGGGACUCGAGACUUACUACCUUGGGGAGAACAAAUACGCCGACAUGGUAAUGUGUUGGGACUGUUGGGGGAGAGAGAGUGUGUGGGAUUGGCAGGGACAGAGAGAGAGAGAGAGAGAAAGAGAGAGAGAGAGAGAGAGAGAGAGAGAGAGAGAGAGAAAGAGAGUAUGAUUAUAGAGAGGGGGAUAUAACAUUUGCACCAUCACGCCCCACAAACACUGCACCCAUCAUUAACUUACACAGAAUACCAAAAGAGCCCAAACUCAAAGUUAGGCAUCUUUUCUUUUUUACUUAACGGCAUCUUUCAGUUCAUGGACCAAGUUUUUGUGUUUUUUUUUGUAAUUUUAAGAAUGUUUAAAAUACUUUUUUUUUUUACUUUUUAAAAAAUUUAUGGGGGGGUGGGGGUGGAGGGGGGGUGGGGAGUUGUCAAAAAUAACACACAAUUUUAACUGGCUAUUUGAUUAAAUUUGUAAAUUAUGCGGAUGUCCUUUGACCUAUUCCCAAACAUCUCCUUUGACCUAUUCCCAAACAUCUCAUUUCAUACUAAAUAUCUAGAGUUUUUUUGUUUUGUUUUUUAAGAUUGAAUUUCAGCAAGUACGCCGUGAAAUAACUUUUUAAUUUUAACUUUUUGAAAUUGUCAAAAAUUUUUAAAACUAAUAAUAGUUAUUAAAUGAGAUUUAUUUCUGUUCUAUUCAUUGCAGCAUCUCUAUGACAUUAGGUGCAAUAAGAUGCUUAUAUUAACAUAUCUCAACGAUAGACCAAAAUGAGAAAUUUUGCUAUUGUUUUUUAAUUAUAAUUUUACUCAUUUAUGUUAAUUUAUACAAAUACUAGCAUAACAAUGAAUCAUUCGAUACCAUGGCAAGUGGUAUCUUCGAUACCAUGAAGAAAAUGAAACAUUCGAUACCAUGAAAAAAAUGGAACAUGGGAUGCACCUAAAGGGUUGAUCAAAAUAAAGCGCUGGCACUUGUUGAAUGCAUGACCAUUCUCUACUUUCCCAGACCGUCGAAGAGUUCAGACGCACCAUGAACGGCCUCCGUGUCAACAGGCCCCUGACCCCUGGCAACUUUGCCAGCGGUCUGUACAAGAGCGUCCUCCCAGACUCCGUUGACUGGAGAACCAAGGGCUACGUCACCGAGGUCAAGGACCAAGGCCAAUGUGGGUCGUGCUGGGCUUUCUCCACAACCGGCUCCCUCGAGGGACAGAACUUCAAAUCCACCGGCAAACUGACCAGCCUCUCCGAGUCCAACCUCGUCGACUGCUCACAGAAAUGGGGUAGGUGUCGGAAGCUGAUGCGGCAAAACCAAAAUUAUCUUUGAAAUGUUCUCUCUGUUGACGUUUUGUAAACUCGACAGAUGUCAUGACGUGUUUCCCAUUCUAAACAUAACCUAUAAAAUUCACUCGAAUUUCAAGUCACUCUCUCCGAUUAUUUCGCAGGUAACCAGGGUUGCAAUGGUGGACUCAUGGAUCAGGGAUUCCAAUAUAUCGCUGACAACAAAGGUAUCGAUACCGAAACCAGCUAUCCUUACAAACCUGAGGUGAGAACACUUGGGUGUUUUAGACCAGCGGGCUGAAAUAAUUCCGUAAAUUGGUAUAUGAAUAAAUUAAUGUGUAUAAAUAACUAAAUAGACGAAUAGAGGUCAGUCACCUUAUGACAUUUCCAAAUUAAAAUUGAGAUUGCGCACAUUAAUUUUUACAAAAUAAUUAAAAAAAUUAAUUAAAUCGUAGCCCUUCCUUUGCAUGUUUUUUUUUUUUUAAAUAGCCCUAACAUUGCAUUGCUUACAGGACCGUAAAUGCAGAUUCAAGAAGGCCGAUGUCGGUGCCACCGAUAAAUCUUACAAGGACAUCACCAGCGGAAGCGAGGACGCCCUUCAAGAGGCUGUUGCCAAUGUAAGUACGGCCGUGUCGUGUUGCUGAAUCUAAUGGUCUUGUAAUGCAUUUUUUAACGAGGGUCAAGCGAAUUGACGAGCGCCUCAAACAGAGUCACACAGAAUGAGGCUAGAUGGAGUUACAAAAAAAUGGUAUCUAAUACUUUUUACUAAAUAUAAGAUAAUAUGUCAUUCCUUCACAUGAUUAAUCUCAAACGUUAACGUCGUCGUAAUAUGUUAGUAUUUAUGACAUUGUCUUACAUUCAUAUUAAAAUACAACUUCCGGCAGUAACUAUUGCGAACAAUUAAGUUUGUUUUUUUUAACUAGUUUCUAUUUCUUAUCCCAUUUGCUUGCAUUUGUCAAGUCUCCGAGGAAGGCUCUUGGCCGAAACGUUCUUCUCUUAUUAUCCUGCUUUCGUUUCAAGCUACUACAUUCCUUGUGCUACUUUUUCCUUCAGACACCUUAAACGCAGUCCAUUUAUUAUCAUUUACUUUGCAAGACCGUCGAAGAGUUCAGACGCACCAUGAACGGCCUCCGUGUCAACACUGACAUUUCUUUUGAACGUUUCUUGUUCUCCGUCUGCCCUCAGAUUGGAUCUCCGGGCAACAUAUAAUGGGGUGCCAUUUUCAACCUUGGGCCCAAUUUUAACCUUUGCAUGAUUACAUGUUAACACAUGUAUGACUAAAAAAAAAAUUUCUGUCUGCCUUCAGAUUGGACCCAUCAGUGUUGCCAUCGAUGCCAGCCACGAUUCCUUCCAGCUCUACAAGGGAGGUGUCUACAACGAGAAGGCUUGCAGCACCAGCCAACUGGACCACGGUGUUCUGGCUGUAGGCUACGCCACAAAGGGCAGUGAUGACUACUGGAUUGUCAAGAACAGGUAAACAAAAUAUCAAAUAUCUGUCAAAACCAAUGAAAUUUGGUCAAAUUUUAUCAGAAUUGUUUCUAAUUUUACAUUUUAUUAAUUUUUUUAAAAAUUAUUUUUUAAGUAUAACGCUUGCGAUGCGAAUCUUGAGCCUGGUUGAGGAGCCCGGAAAAACCCAGUUAGAUUAAGAAAAGAUCAGCAGGGUUGUUUUUUUUGUGUGCAUAAACUUGUACUAACAAAUCUUAAAUUUGGCUCGUCCUUAUCUCGCUACUUGUUACUUAAGCUUUAUCUUGACGAACACAAUUUCAAACAAAUGGGGUCGGACUGUUUAUGACGUAAGUUGUGUUGUACAACGACCCACUAAGUAAAGUAAAUGUACGACCCACUAAGUAAAGUAAAUGUUUCGUUAGCUGAAGAGUUCUUACACCAAUGUUAAAAUGAUACAGUCUCCGAACAUUACUGUCGUGAUAAGAUAAAGAUUCCCGUGCGCUAUCGCCAAGUCUUUUGUAAUCGAGUAGGUCAACUUUGAGAUCCAUUUGUAUGUAUAACUUAUUGAAUGUGUGAGUGCUUCAGUCGGCAUUCAUUUGGCAAUAAAGUAUGAUCAGAAACCGCCCUUACUGGUCAAAGCAUUGGUUGUGUAGUAUUUGUGGUCAAACUUCAGCGGUCAAAUCUUUGGUUGUCCAAUAGUGUUUUUCAAACAUUUGGUCAAGUCGCAUCCGUUUCAACUCUGUUUUUAGGAUCUCACAUUUUGAUGUUGAAGUUUGCUUAUGUUUUUUGAUGAGAUGGCUUUAUGACUUGUGUGGAUCAUUGAAACUUCCGUUAGCAUCUCGUUAGCCAGCUACAGGGCAUGUCUUCAGUCGUGAUGUGUGUACGCCACAGGAAAUGCUCUCAUGUCUAGAUGUAGUUGUUAUAAGACAAUAUGAAAGCAGGUUUAAGUUUUUUAGCAUACCUAAUAUGGGUCAAAUAGUACAGCGAACUAGCGCAGCCAACUAGCGCAGCCAACUAGCGCAGCCAAAUAGCGCAGCCAACUAGCGAAGCCAUCUAGGGCAAGAAGCUGCAUUGAGUCUUGACCAAGCUAAUCAUUCUUCAAGUUCACACUCUUAAAAUGAUAUCAGUGAAAGUAGUUCCUAUCAUUGCCCCAAACUUAUCACGGAUAACUUAAAUCUGGCGCGAUACACGUUGUCUAGUCCAAAGUUUUUCUUAGAGAGAGAUCUACAAUAUUACGUAAUCAAAAGAAACUAUAACGGAGGAAAAUUUGAUAUGCUAUCGAAUUUAAAGUGGGCAGUUUUUACCAUAAUCUAAUUAGAUUGAUGUCUCACCUAGAUAAAUUUAGGGCAACUGUUAAUGAAAUAGGCAAACGAAGUUAGACAAGUUACUGGUGUAUCUUCAUUCAUUUUAAGUUCCUAGUCCUGUUAAGUUUUUUUUUUUUUUUUUUUUUUUUUUUGUUUAUGAUUUUCAUAGUGUGCCACUCUGUUUAAUUUGCAUUCUCAAGGCGUAACUUUCUAUUUUACUCCCUACAUGGAGGAAACGAGACAAGUUACUGGUGUAUCUUCAUUCAUUUUAAGUUCCUAGUCCUGUUAAGUUUUUUUUUUUUUUUUUUUUUAUGAUUAUGAUCUUCAUAGUGUGCCACUCUGUUUAAUAUGCAUUCUCAAGGCGUAACUUUCUAUUUUACUCCCUACAUGGAGGAAACGGGUAAAUCAGCAGCCACGUAAAACUAUGAAUCAUAUUAACGCAUGUGUUUUUAUGAACUUGACCGCUGACCGUGAACUUUAUUGCCUCGUUUCAGUUGGGGCAAGUCCUGGGGUCAGGAGGGCUACAUCUGGAUGUCCAGAAACAAGAAGAACCAGUGCGGCAUUGCCACCAUGGCCAGCUACCCCAUCGUCUAGAUCCUGCUAACACAGAGCAACACAGUAGGGAUGACGUUCAAACAACACACAGUGGUUCGACUGUCGGCCAUCUUGGGUCACAAUGGCCCCUGUACCAUGAAGCCGAUCUCUGUGUCUAUUUUUUUAUACAAAUAAAAGUUGAUUUAUUUAUAACAAACAGAUGGAGUUGAUGAAUUCUUGAUUUCAAACAUGUAACAGAAUUUGUCUUUAAAAUAUAAAACAUUAUUUUAUUUUUAAAAAAUAAAUAAUUAAACUAAUCAAAAUACAAAGUACAAUAAGACCCUAACGAAGAGGUCAAGAAAAAAAAUUUUGCUACGGCCCCAAAAUAUAUUUGUUGGAACCGAUUUGACCCUCUCAAAUUGAAAUGGACAAAAUCAUAGAGUGUUUACAUUUUAAAAUGACGCAUUUCAGCUAUUUAAACGGAGAAAACAACGACAAUAUAGAAACUCUAAUGAUAAUGCGAUAUGGAAUUAAUUGCUUUCUUUUUAAAUUAAUUUUGUUUAGCCUAAAAUAAUAAAUAAGGCGAUAAUACCAAAGAGGCCUACUCACGAUAAGACCAGGAGGUUACGCCAGCAGCCGAUGCAGUCCUGGUUACAACAUGUUGGAUGAUUUCCUCUGUUUCGCCGGAAAGAUGCAAUGUUGCCAGGACAAAAAAAAAAGUUUUCUGUCUGGGGCCCCUCAUUACCUCCAAAUAUUUUCAUAUUUACCCCA